CGGCAGUCCUUAGGAUAGGGGCACACUCAGGCAUUCCUGUCAAGUCUUCUUGUGAAAGGCUGCCUGCUUCUUGGCUGGAAAGCGGAACCUUAAUAAAACUCACUGAGGUCGGAGGGAAAAUAGCAGUUCGGCUGCAGAUAGGGUAGAGGCAAGGGGCUAGAAUGUGUACAUGCUGCUGACUACAACAGACUGCGUGCUGAACUGUUACACAGAAAGGAAACAAUAAAUCUCCGCUACUAUGCAAUAAAUAUCUCAACUUUUAACGAAGGGAGCUAUCAUUCCAGUGAAAUAAAUUUUAAAAGUUUUUUUGUUUUUGUUUUUGUUUUUUAGAUAAAGCUACCAAAUGAAUCGUUUUCUAGGAUUCUUCUUUCAGGGCUGACUUUUAAAGAAAAACUCACCAAAAACGCAUUUUUUUUUACACGCAAUUAAAAAAAAUACUAGUUAAAGAACCAACAAAGAAGUAACUGGGGGUAGGUUAAAAAAAAAAAGAGUUGUGCAGAAGCAGACAAGGAAGGUGCUGAUACCAUGACAGUUUUCCUCUCCUUUGCUUUCCUGGCUGCUAUUCUAACUCACAUAGGGUGCAGUAAUCAACGGCGAAGCCCGGACAGCAGCGGGCGAAGAUACAAUCGGAUUCAGCACGGACAGUGCUCCUACACCUUCAUUCUGCCGGAACAGGACACGAACUGCCGGGAGAGCACCACGGACCAGUACAACACCAACGCGCUGCAGAGAGAUGCUCCUCUCAUGGAACCGGAUUUCUCUUCCCAGAAACUGCAACAUCUGGAACAUGUGAUGGAAAACUAUACUCAGUGGCUGCAAAAACUUGAGAAUUACAUUGUGGAAAAUAUGAAGUCGGAGAUGGCUCAGCUACAGCAGAAUGCCGUUCAGAACCAUACGGCCACCAUGCUUGAGAUAGGAACCAGCCUUCUUAGUCAGACAGCAGAGCAGACAAGAAAACUUACAGAUGUUGAGACCCAGGUCUUAAAUCAAACUUCUCGACUUGAAAUUCAAUUGUUGGAGAAUUCGUUAUCAACUUACAAGCUAGAGAAACAACUGCUUCAACAGACACAUGAAAUCCUAAAAAUUCACGAGAAAAACAGUCUAUUAGAGCAUAAAAUCCUAGAAAUGGAAGAAAGACACAAGGAAGAAUUGGACACUUUAAAGGAAGAGAAGGAGAACCUGCAAAGCCUGGUUACUCGUCAGACGUACAUAAUUCAGGAACUGGAGAAACAGUUAAACAGGGCAACCAGUAACAACAGUGUCCUUCAGAAGCAACAGCUGGAGUUGAUGGACACAGUUCACAACCUCGUCAGUCUUUGUACUAAAGAAGGUGUUUUACUUAAGAGUGCAAAAAGAGAGGAGGACAAACCAUUUAGAGACUGUGCAGAUGUGUAUCAAGCUGGUUUUAAUAAAAGUGGAAUCUACACUAUUUAUAUUAAUAACGUGCCAGAGCCCAAAAAGGUAUUUUGCAAUAUGGAGCUUACAGGUGGAGGUUGGACAGUAAUACAACAUCGUGAAGAUGGGAGUCUAGACUUUCAAAGAGGUUGGAAAGAAUAUAAAAUGGGUUUUGGUAAUCCAUCUGGUGAAUACUGGCUGGGAAAUGAGUUUAUCUUUGCAAUUACCAGUCAGAGGCAAUAUUCUCUAAGAAUUGAGUUAAUGGACUGGGAAGGAAACCGGGCAUAUUCACUGUAUGACAGAUUUCACAUAGGAAAUGAAAAGCAAAAUUAUAGGUUAUAUUUAAAGGGCCACAGCGGGACGGCAGGAAAACAGAGUAGUCUGAUCUUACAUGGUGCUGAUUUUAGCACGAAAGAUGCUGAUAAUGACAACUGUAUGUGCAAAUGUGCUGUCAUGCUAACAGGAGGCUGGUGGUUUGAUGCCUGUGGCCCAUCCAAUCUCAAUGGAAUGUUCUAUACUGCUGGACAAAACCAUGGAAAGCUGAAUGGGAUCAAAUGGCAUUACUUCAAAGGUCCCAGUUAUUCCUUAAGAUCCACAACGAUGAUGAUCCGACCCUCUGACUUCUGAAAGCACCCCAUCAGAAACCAUUAAAAGUCAACCAGCAGCUACAUCGAGCCAAACUACUACCAGAAGAAAGACUUCUUGUGCCAACAACCAGAAGUAAACAGUCUUAACUUCCCUCCACCUGUGUAGUAGUGAUAAGGAAGUCCAGUUGUUUCUCUCCUUUGGCUUCGAGGCCUGAUCAAAUUCACCAAAGUCACCCCUUGGCCUGUUGAGCUAAAUGGAAUGUGCUUCACCAUUCCACUUAAAAAAAAGAAGAGUUCACUUGCUGACUUUCAACUGUUAUACCUGGAGCUCACCUUGGAAUGAUGAAGACCAGACAGCCAAUGCAUUUUCUUUCAUUGGAAAAAGGCCAAAUUAAAAGGGGAGAGUAUUAACUUCAAAACUGAAGAACAAAAAAUCAACUCACAAUUAUCCACUAGGGGAAAAAAUGUAUUUCACCCAUGAAAUGGCAUUGCAUCUAUGGAAGGUAUAACAAAGAAGGCUUUGGUUCUUGCACAGUUUAAAUGAAUGUCUGGGAGGAACAUUUGGAUCUUUGCUUCCCAAUGUAGAUGGAUGGGUUUUGGCAGCCAGAAUCACAUAUCAUACUUAAUAGUUAUUCUUAGUUAAAAAACAUCUUCAGCUGUUAAAUUUACUUCACCUGGAGAAACACACUAAAUCAUAGUAAAUGAACAAUGUUAACAGUAGUAGGUGGAAAAUCUUGAAUUGCUGUCUGCUUUUAGGGCAAAGCCCCGCAGAUCAUUGGCAUGAUCUUCCAACUAGGAUUGACGAUGUGAGAAGCAAGCUUGUUUUCCUGUGGUUUUUUCCCCUUUCUCUAGUGCUGAAGCUUUUUGUCCAUAUUAAAAGCAGACUGAACGUUUUAUUGGAAAAACCUGAGGAAAGUUUAAAGAAUGUGAACUUUAUCAUGGAGAACUGUCAUUCUGCAAAUCUAAGGAUGGCAUGUACUCUUUUUCAUUUGACAGUAUAUGGAAAAGCAGCAUUUGUGUGUGUAUUAAACAUAGUUUAACUGGAGCAGCUCAUUUUAUGGUAUUUUUUUUUUGCAUGUGCACACUUAAAAGUGUUACUUCAUUAUGUUAAAACAUUUUCUUGAUCUCCAGUGUUUCACUGCAGAUGAACGUUUUGCAUUAACUGAAACAGGUUUACAAAGUCCACUUUUUCCCACCUUUCUAUAAAAAGACCACUUUUUAGUCUAAGACAAAUAAAAGAAUAAAUAUUGUUAUGAAUUGUAUAUAUAGUAUGUUUAUAUUCAAGAUAAAAAAUGCUGAACACUUAACUUAGACAUGCCACUUUAAGGUUAAUAAAUGAAAAUAAGCACCUAUCUGGAAAAGGUCUUAGCUGUUCUUUAAGAAGAUCCUUAAGAAUCCACAUUUGGUUAUCCAGUAACAUCUCUGCCACGUGAAACCAUCUCUGCCACAUUGAAAAGUAUUGCUUUGUGCAUUGUUCACAUACCAUAUACACAUAAACACACACCUACGUAAGGGGGUGAAAAGGGGCUAGAAAGACAUAUAUCCAUACACACAGGCCUUGGCAUGGAAUGGUGAUAGAUACACACAUACUUAUCAGCAAAUGUGGGUGUGGGAUGAGAAUCGAAUACAUUCUUGAAGGAAGUGGUACAUUUGUCAGAAAAAAUCACCCAGCUAAUCAACCCAAAGACUAUAAUUACUACUGUAAAUAAAACCUUUUGGUUACAAAAUUCCUGUGAGAUCUCCCAUGUUGAAGUUACUUUCAUCCAAAUUUGUACUUGUAUGAAUCAAGAAAAAUGAAUGUGUGGUAGGGAGCUUUUCCUCUCAAAAUUGAUAUGUUGUUUUUCUCAAAGGACCCCAAAUGAUCCAGUUUUGACUCUGAGAGGUUGGAAUUAUGCUCACUGACUCAUCUUGCCUUAGCAGAUUUUUUUCCACUCUGAAAAAAAUAAAGCUGCAACAUUCUGAAAGGAAACCUUUUUCUUUUCAUAAGUGAUGCCACUGGUUUUAGGUGACAGCCAAGAGUAUUUCUCAAAGAAGGGCAGGUUUUAUAUCAAUGUAUCCAGGGGUAGCUCAAAAUCAUUCUGUCCAAUAGCUUUAAUUGGUUGGGUUUUGUAAAUUAUAUUACUCAUUUCUCCUCAUUAUAUGACAUAUUUCUGUUUGGUGGUUCCUUCAUACCAUUCUUAUAUCUCACUUUCUAGAAACCUCUGGUUGUCUUCAUCUUCAUUUUUGUAAAAUAGGAUGCAGGUGGAGAAAAGCCUAAGGGUUUUCUUCUCUUCCUAAAGUGUGUGUAUAUGUGUAUGUGUGUGUAUUCAAGUCUUUGAAUAAGAAAUAGCAUCCUCCAACUCACUGCAAAAACAAAACAAAAAAGCAUGAUAUUUACUGUUUAUUUAUCUGGGUUUGAAAAUGGAAUAUGGUUUUCGAUUCUUCAUAAUAAAAACAUUUUAAAAUGGUCUCUGACUACAUUUUUGGGCUAUGUUUAGGGCAUACAUUUCAGCCGCCACUUCAUAUAAAUUACUUUAUAUGGUAGACAUGCUGCCUUUAAAAGGUACCAUUUAAUCUGGUAAAGCAAUUCACUUAGGGAGUUCAAUAUUUGUUUUUGUCCCACUAAAUACAUAAUUUGUCCUUAUGUUAACUUCAGCAGAUCUCCAACAGAAUCAUUGCUGGAUGAUCUAUAAGAGACAGUGGAGAAGGGAAAAGUUUGCCACAGGCAUGGAGAAGGGCAAAUGUCCUGAUUUUCUAUGAAGGGAAGAAUGAGAAUGGAGUCUACAAACUAUAAGCCAGUGAAAUUGACUGUUCUGUCCUAAGAGUCUGUGCUAUUAAAGGAAUAGAUGUGAGCAUGUAGGAAAGGAACACAAUAUAACUUCAUGAACUAUAGGUACAUUAUAUUAUAGCCAUAUAAGUAUAUACCAGAGUAAUUACUUUUCCUUUUGGACAGAGUUGCUAGGCUGGUAAGUCAGGGGAAUGCUAUAGAUAUUUUUUUAAAAGCACUUGCAGAAAUAAAGUCAUUUUAAGCAUAGGGGGUGUUAUAGUGGUUCCUAAGGUCUACUUUGUUUCUUUCUCUUUGGCUUUAGGCAACUUGUUUUAGGUGAAAAAAAAAAAAAAAACGUGAAUUCAGGCACAAUCACUCAUUCUCCAGGAAGGAAAAAUUCCUAACACCUAGCAGAGGUCAAGUUCUCUGCCCGACCUUACGUUUAUAUCUAUUUCUAGUUAGACACUGGUCUCUUGAUAGUUGGGCAAAAAUUAGUUUACUUAAAAGAUUUGGUAAUGAAAUCAGCUAUUAUAUUAUGGUGGCUAUGGAUUGAUGAAAUUAUUGAAACUUUCAACCUUUUCCUGGGUCUUUCUCAGCUUGAAUAUUUCACUCCAUGAUAUAUAUAGGACAAAAGACUCCUUAGUGUCUCCUUUAUUUGACAUAGUUCAGUCCUUCCUUUGACCUGACUUCUCAAAUCUAGUCACAAAUUUCUUCUUCCCCUGAUAAGUGUUCAGAGUGUUACCCAGUUUCUCACACAAUGAUGUUAAUUGAUUCAAAGAUUGCAAGGGGGCUCACAGGAUUGUUGGGAGGCACAAAUGAGCUAACCUGUGUAAAACUCUUUGCUCAUCUUAAAAUGCUACAUAAAUUUUAUUAUUACUUCCACUGUUAUUGCUGCUAUUACUAUUACUGCUAUGUCUGGAUCUCAUUUUCCUAUCAGGUAAAAUAAAGUGAUUGGAGCAGAAAAUCUCUAAGAUUCCUUCCAGCUCUAAAUACAUUCAAAUAUGGCUAUUUUCCA